AUGGCCGCGCCGCCGCCGGAGCUGCACCAGGACGCGGUGCUGCGCUUCCUCGCCGAGAGCCGCGGCGGGCGGGCGCGCAACGCGGACCUGUUGGACCACUUCCGCGCCUUCCUCGACUCCCCGGACGCGGAGCGGCGCGCCGCGGCCCGCGCCCGCUUCAAGGAGAUGGUCAACGCCGUGGCCGUCGUGAAGCAGGAGCCCGGCUCCGGCGCCAAGUACGUGCAGCUGCGCAAGAAGUACCGCGGCGGCGGCGGCGGCGGCAGACCCGCGGACGACGCCGCCGAGCCGGCCUCGGAGGCCGAGAGGGGGCGCGGCGGCGGCGGGGACGAGGCCUCUGAGGAGCGCCCCUCGCCUUCUCCCCUCAGCGCUGAGGCGGGGGCGCGGCCCCGCGGAGGAGGGCGCGAGGCGGCCGGAGCCGAGGAGGUGGAGGAGGCCCCGCCUGAGGUGGAGGAGGCCCCGGCCGCGCCUCCUCCCGCCCCUCCCCGGGGCGGCCGCGGGAGCUUCCCGAGGGGCUCCCCGCGGGCGAAGCGCGUGGGGGGCGGCUGGGCCCCGCGGCGGGAGCGCGACUCGGACAGCGCCUCGCUGGCCUCGUCGUCGGCCGAGGAGGAGAGCGGCAGCACGGCCUCGUCGUCGUCGGGGGGGGCCUCGGUGGCGCUGGACCCGCUGGAGCACGCCUGGAUGCUGUGCGCCUCGGACGGGCGCUGGGAGAGCCUGGAGGCGCUGCUGGGCUGCGAGCCGGCGCUGCUGGGCCGGCGCGACUUCGUGACGGGCUUCAGCUGCCUGCACUGGGCCGCCAAGCAGGGCCGCCACGAGCUGCUGGCCCUGCUGGUCGCCUUCGCGCGCCGCCACCGCCUGCCCGUGGACGUCAACGCGCGCACCAGCGGCGGCUACACCUGCCUGCACCUGGCCGCCAUGCACGGCCACCUGGAGGUGGUCAAGCUGCUGGUGGGCGCCUACGACGCCGACGUGGACGUGCGCGACUACAGCGGGCGCAAGGCCGCCCACUACCUGGGCCCGGGCGCCGCCGAGGGGCUGCGCGGCCUGGUGGGGGGCCUGCACGACGAGGAGGGCGGCGGCGGCGCUGGGGCGGCCAACGGCGGCGGCCGCUGGCGGCUCUCCAAGGUGCUCCCCUCCAACCUCAUCACCUACAAGCUCUCCCACCUGCACCACGGGGAGGAGGGGGAGCCGGGCGAGGGGCCCGGCGGCGGACAGGGCAAGGGCAAGGAGCUGCACCGAAAGGGCUCGGGCGGGGGCAGCGGCAGGGCCAAGCCCCGGCUCAACAAGAUCCGGUUCCGCACCCAGAUCAUCCACACCACCCCUUCUUUCCGGGGGGAGCCCGAGGAGGAGGAGGAGGAAGGCCAGGAGGAGAAGCCCCUGAAGACGUCCUCCUUCAAGCUUAGACCCAAAUCCAAUGUUUUUGGAUGA